UCCAAACGCAGGAGUGACGGUUGAGAACAACACGGCUAGAUAUUUCUGUAAUCCAGGGUAUUAUCAGCUGGAGAAUACAGAUGACUUCAUUUCCUGUGACGGCAAUGAAUGGCAACCUACGAACUUUGAAUGCAUACAAAUUUGUGAAGACCCACUCCCAAUACCAAACGCCGAAGUGAUGAGAUUUAAUAACAGAGCAAUGUACUCUUGUCGGGAGGGUUAUCGCUCGAUGUCUGGCAGUAAUAUAAUCAACUGUACAGCGUCUAAUUGGCAAACGACGACAUUCUCAUGCUACGCAUUAUCCUGUGGUCCGGCACCAAACAUAACAAAUGCAGAUGUACUUGUAAACGAUGAUGGUGCGAUGUAUGGCUGUGAUAAUGGUUACAUACCAAGUAACACAAACAACAAGAUUGUCUGUGACGAUGGUAUUUGGUCACUCACGGAUUUCAACUGUUUAAGAGUAUGCCCAUUACCACAAGACAUUCCAAACGCAGAAGUGACGGUUGAGAACAACACGGCUAGAUAUUUCUGUAAUCCAGGGUAUUAUCAGCUGGAGAAUACAGAUGACUUCAUUUCCUGUGACGGCAAUAAAUGGCAACCUACGAACUUUGAAUGCAUAGAAAUUUGUGAAGACCCGCUCCCCAUACCAAACGCCGAAGUGAUGAGAUUUAACAACAGAGCAAUGUACUCUUGUCGGGAGGGUUAUCGCUCGAUGUCUGGCAGUAAUAUAAUCAACUGUACAGCGUCUAAUUGGCAAACGACGACAUUCUCAUGCUACGCAUUAUCCUGUGGUCCGGCACCAAACAUAACAAAUGCAGACGUACUUGUAAACGAUGAUGGUGCUAUGUAUGGUUGUGAUUAUGGUUACAUACCAAGUAACACAAACAACAAGAUAAUCUGUGACGAUGGUGUUUGGUCAUUCACGGAUUUUAAAUGUUUAAGAGUAUGCCCAUUACCACAAGACAUUCCAAACGCAGAAGUGACGGUUGAGAACAACACGGCUAGAUAUUUCUGUAAUCCAGGGUAUUAUCAGCUGGAGAAUACAGAUGACUUCAUUUCCUGUGACGGCAAUAAAUGGCAACCUACGAACUUUGAAUGCAUACAAAUUUGUGAAGACCCACUCCCCAUACCAAACGCCGAAGUGAUGAGAUUUAACAACAGAGCAAUGUACUCUUGUCGGGAGGGUUAUCGCUCUAUGUCUGGCAGUAAUAUAAUCAACUGUACAUCGUCUAAAUGGCAAACGACGACAUUCUCAUGCUACGCAUUAUCCUGUGGUCCGGCACCAAACAUAACAAAUGCAGAUGUACUUGCAAACGAUGAUGGUGCGAUGUAUGGUUGUCACUAUGGUUACAUACCAAGUAACACAAACAACCGAAUUGUCUGUGACGAUGGUGUUUGGUCUCUCACGGAUUUCAAGUGUACUGAUGGAUUAGGAAAUACCAGAGGUCUUUUAAACAACCAGAGUUUAGAUAUAUGGCUGACACAGAUCAAAAAGGAUCUUUUGAUAGAUAAAAGAAACACCAGUGCCUAUAGGCGCACGCUGAGCAGUGUUUAUGAUCCGCGUCCUGCCUCGAUUGCCAUCGGUGGAUCAGGAGUUGUUCUAAUAUGUACGGCAAUAUUCAUUCUUGUAUUGCUGGAUGUUUUGAAUUUUUGUAAAUACGAUUUCAGAAAAAUCUCGAAAGUUACAAAAUCAAAACCCUGCCUAAAGUGAUAAAUGUAUAUUUGUAGCCUGUCAUGAGAAAAAUAGUAUAAAGGGAUACAACUAGAUAUAUUAAACUUAAAUAUGAUGCACAAUGUAUGUCUGGUUGAACGGGAUGAAGGGAAGUGAUGAAGGGAACAAUAUAUAACAAAAGAAAUGCUAUUCUAUAUAUAAACUUUAAUCCCCCCCCCCUUGAAAGCAAUAAAUGAUGCACACACGAGGCAUUAUAGCUACGAAGUUUACGGUGUUGAUAAUACAAGUUUAAAGUAUUUCUGUUUUUUUCAAGUUGCUUAAGCGACUUUUAUGAGAACAUGCUUUAAAAAGCAAAAUAAUUGUUAACAAUCUUUCUCUAGUCUGUGGUUUAUCUCAGGAGCUACGAUAAUGCGACCCAACAAAGACAUUACAACGUCACAAAUGACAAUAAAGUGGAAAAUUUACAAUUUUAUUGCCUACUUAAUUUUUAUCCUACAUUGAUGAAAGAAAUCUUUUGAAUCGUCAUAUUUUUGUCGUUUUUCUCUAUCUCUGGCACUUUUCUUUUUAUGUCACUUGACUCACUCAGAUCAUAUCAUUGGAAUUGCUUUUCGUUCGUCGUCGUGCCUUUUGAAUUUGACAUCUUUAGCUUCUUGAAAACUAUAAGGUCAAUUGUUACCAUUAUUGGUUUGCCACAUCAUUUAUGUAUCAAAUCUUUUUAUUCGUUAAUAUAUUAACGAAAAACUAAAUACAUAGCAAUGAUAUCCAGAAUGCUUUCUUUCACAAUUGGGAAAUUCGCAGCCCCUUUGUAAGUUUUUCAGUUUCUGUGAAACACCUAUUGAAGUGAGUGAUGUUUUGGUUUUUUUUUAAUCAAAAUCAAUUGAUUGUUUUUUUUAUUCACACAUUGGUAUAUUGAUUACUAGUGUUUUGAAAAUAAAUAGUUUUUUUGCCUAACUUUAAUAGAUUUAAGCGCUGUGUUUAAAUAAUUCGUUUACCUGUUUCAAACGGGAAUUUUUGCACCGUGUUUCUCUUUAUUUUUACGAUAACAAUACGAUUUUUGAUUUUAUAUUUCUAUUGUAGUCUAGCUUAUUGUACAAAAUGUAGUUUUCAAAGAAUAUUUAUGAACUGUAUGAUAAAUGUCUCAUUAUAUAACCUAUCAAUUUAAUUGUUUAAAACAAAAUCACUUUUAAAACGAAUUUCCUUCACGUGUUUUUUUAUAUAUAUCUACAAUUACUGCUUGACUUUCAAUGUAAUAUUUGAAUUGUACAUGGAAAAAUAAAUCACUCGCCGUGGCCUUCAACUCAACAUUUAGGUAUAGCGACGAAGUAUUUUAAAUAAACAAUAAUUUAUUGUUACUUCAAUUUUUACGUCGACUUGAUAUAUCCCAACGAGUUUGAAA